AAAGCUUGUUGACGACGCGCGCGACUUGAGCUUGAAUCAGGAAGUCCAUUUACAGACAUAAACAACUCGAAUGGUUACUUCGUAAUCUACAGCCGUCGAAUGUGUCAUCGUUAUUAGUACGAGACGUUUAUCAUUGGUUGUAAUAGAGCGGCAGUACAACUCACGUAAAUUCGUGAUAUUAUUGAUCUGAUGAUGUCUUCUGCUGAGACUGUUAGUGAAUCUUCACUUGGGAAGGGAGACAACUUGCAUCAAGAAGUGCUGGCGUCCUUCCCGUUGUGCGACCUCACUGAGGAGGACUUGAUGCAGAACCCCAAGCUUUGUAAACUCCUGGCAACCUUGUCACAGCACGUUGACCAAACCGGACUUUCGGCCCCACUCAAGACGGAUCUUGAGAAGGCAGAGCAGAAGCUGCAGAACCAGAGGCGUCGCUGGCUGCAGGUGGAAAGCCUGCAUCGCACGCUGCAGGAGAUGAUGCAGGACCACCACGUGAAGAAGCAUCGCACCACUCUGCCCCCCGACGUCACCAUGUUCUUUGCCACAUUGGAAAGGUGUCUUCUAGUGGCUCAGUGUGUUCGUCAACUAGACCUCAGUACCGCCACCACCACCACGACCACCACCACCCCCCAAACGGGCACGGACCGGCCCUCUCUACUGGGGCUGGAUCCUCAGCAGGUGCUGGAGCUCCUGCCCACAGAGAAGAUUGUGCAAAGAAUGAAGCAGAGUUUGCCAAAGGAACUGGAGAGACAUCUGAAGACAAAGUGCUUCAGUCUGCUGUCCUACUACCAGCCUGACUGGGAAAGCGAGAGUGACGGUCUGAAGAACAUCAAGCUGGCCCACCUGUCGGGCCAGCUGGACAGAGAGAAGAAGCGGGCAGAGAGCCUGAACGAGGUUUGCCGUGAGAACGCCGUUCUGCUCCAGCGACAGACCCAGCUCUACGUCCUCGAGCUGAGCAAGUGCAUCCAGCUCCUCCAGUCGCUCAUCCUGGACCACAGACUGACUAUCCAGACUCAACUGGACCACAAGAAGCUGGAAUACUUGGAGGCCAAGUGUGAACUGGUGAUGCAGAAAAUCAGGAUGGAGUCAGUGGAGAUUGGGCUGGACACCUACACAGCCGACACCAUAGCAGCACACAAAAAAAUAAGAGAUCUGCUGGAGUCUGAGCUGAAGGACCGUCAGCUGGAGAAGCAGUCUGUCGGGUCCAAGCUGGCGUCGUUUGAGAUGCUGGGGACGGAGUUUGAGGCGCUGGCCGACGAGUACGCCAGGCUGCAGGGAGAGAUCAACGUCAAGAAGUGGGCGCUGAAGGAAUUUCAUGAGCAUGCUGGAUAGAGAUCACACAAAGCUGACGUCUUACUUGGCUAUGCCCCUUUAUAUUAAUGUUGUCUUUUGUACAUACUGUGUUUUUUCGUCAAAUAAAAGGUCAGACAUAUUG